AUGAUACAGAUGGGUGCAAAGAUUGUAAGUACUUCUGCAGAAUUGGUUGUUCUUCUUGUAAUUAUGCAACAAAGACAUGCUUAAGUUGUGCACUCCCUUGGGUUUGCUCCUAACUCUUACUAUUGUCAAAAUGUAUGUGGAGAUGGCCUAGUUGCAGUAGAUCCUUCUGGGUUCUACUCAGAACAAUGUGAUGAUGGUAAUACAACUGAAAAUGAUGGUUGCAAUAGCUCUUGUUAAUUUUAGUGUUAGCCAACAACUAUUUGCACAAGUUGUGUAAGUAAUAGAUGUGAAAUAUGCGCUACUGGAUAUUAACUUUCUAGUCAAAAAAUAUGUAUACCAAUUUGUGGAGAUUCUAUUAAAGUAAUUGGUGAACAAUGUGAGAAAUCACUUAUAUUGCCCUACAAAGGAUGUUCUAAAUUGUUAAGCGAUAUGUUUAUCUUCUUGCCUCUCUUGUAGUACUACAGGACUUGGUUGUCUAUAAUAAUUGAUUAUUUAUGUUAUUCUAUCUGUGGUGAUACUAUUAUAACUGAAGAUGAAUAAUGUGAUGAUGGCAAUUUGAUUAUUGGGGAUGGAUGCCAUUUCUGUUAAUUUAGUUGCUAGGACUCAUGUCUUAAUUGUCUUUAAGGAAUCUGUUAUGAUUGCUAAGAAGGUUAUUAAUUAAUAUAAUCUAAAUGUUACUCUAUUUGUGGAAAUGGUCUUUAGAAAAAUAAUGAAUAAUGUGAAAUUAACACUUCAUUAAAGAUUUAUCAAAAUUGUUAAUCUUGUAAAUUUUUUUGUGAUUUGAAUUGUUUCUUGUGUUAACUUGGUAUAUGUUAACAAUGCAAUGAUGGAUAUGAAUUAUCCUCAAACAAAUAAUAUUGUGUUAAGUCUCUAUAAUAUAGUUUUAUGAUUAUAGAAAACUGUCGUAUUUAAAUUGAGAAUAGUUGCAUUUAAUGUUAAGUGUAUGCCUACUUUAUAAAAGCUGUGUAAAAGUGUAAAUUAAGAAUAGCGCCAUUGAGUUUUUGUCAAUAUUAACUUUAAGUAUCACCAGAUCUAUAUUGUGGUUACUGUUUUGAUUAUUGCACAUCUUGUAAUGAAAAUAAUUGUGUACUAUGUUAAAAUGGCUAUUAUUUAGAUGUAAAUUAUUCUUGUAUUUCAUUUUGUGGAGAUGGAACAUUAGCACAUGAUGAAAAAUGCGAAAUUUAAGAUCAAAAUUGCUUAUAUUGCAUGUUUGACACUCCAAAAUUCUGUAAAUUAUAUUUUGAAGAUCACUGUUUUGAAUGCGAACAUGGUUAUUAUCUUAAUUAUUAUAUUAAUGCUUGUGAAUCUUAAUGUGGAGACGGAAUAAUAGUUUAUGAUGAAGACUGUGAAGAUAAUAAUUAUAUCGAAUUUGAUGGUUGUUAUUAUUGUAAUUAUUCUUGUAGUUAAUAAUGUAUAAAUUGUAUCAAAGGAAGAUGGAUUUUGUUAUGGUUAACAAAAUGCAAUUGA